AGAAAACACUGGUACUCCCGAAGAUUGGGAAAAUGUUUUAAUGGUAAACAACUUCAAUGGUGAUUUUUUUAAUCCGUUGGAAGAUGUGUUGCAGGCUGUGUCUUCCGCCGCAAUUGCUGAGGUUGCCCGUGGCAAUAGGGAAGUGCAGGACGCUAUUGCGCAGGAAGGAGCGAUUCCCCACCUGGUGGCUCUGUUCAAAGGAAAACAUCUUAGUGUCCAAAUGAAAGGUGCAGUGGCUGUGGAAUCACUGGCAAGUUACAACCCUCCAAUACAGAAGGCGUUUCUGGAAAAUACAUUAACUAAAUAUCUUUUAAAACUCCUAAAGGCAUUUCAGAUAGAUAUUAAGGAGCAAGGAGCUGCGGCGCUGUGGGCUUUGGCAGGACAAACUCUGAAACAGCAGAAGUACAUGGCGGAGCAGAUCGGAUACAACUUUAUAAUAAACAUGCUUUUGUCACCCUCUGCCAAAAUGCAGUAUGUUGGAGGUGAGGCAGUCAUAGCCCUAAGUAAGGACAGCAGGAUGCAUCAAAAUCAGAUAUGUGAGGGCAAUGGAAUCGCGCCGUUGGUUCGCUUACUGAGAAUUAAUAAGAUCGCGGAAGGCACACUUCUCAGCGUCAUCAGAGCUGUGGGGUCCAUUUGCAUCGGUAUAGCCCACACAAGCAAUCCCAUUAGUCAACAAUUUAUUGUGGAUGAAAAUGCCUUUCCAGUACUUAUCCAGCUACUGAGGGAUCACCCUUCACCUACCAUUAAGGUUGAAGCGGCAUUUUUCUUGGCAUGCAUUGUCCUCGGGAAUGAUGAACUACAGAAAGAAUUACAAGACAAUGAAGGUUUUAAGUAUUCUGACAUCCUCUAUCUUCUUCAUUCAACAGAUAAGGUUUGCACAGCGUGCUCCUGUGCUCUUGGAUACUUAACUUACAAUGCAAAUGGUUUCCUCAUUCUGUUAAAAGAAUGUAGGAAUAAACCUAAUCAGUUCCUUCGUAUAAGAAAUAAUAUCAGCAGAGAUGCAAGUAUUAAUCCAGCAUUUUUAAAGGAAUUUCAAAUGCAACAAAUGAUUGGACUUCCUUCUUUAAGAUGUAGCUGAAUUAUCAGUCUUCUCUGCAAGUAGUGCUAUUCAUAUAAGAAAUAGGACUAUGUAAGAUGUGAG